ACUCCCAUGUCUUCGAACUCUUCUCUUCUCCUCCACUGAAAAAACAAAAACAGUAUUUUCUGCGGUUUUCUGAUUUCAUUUCUCCAACAACUGAUUCUUCGGACGACUUGUCGUUUCUUUCUAUAUCUAUUUACAUGGCGAGGAGACCGGACGAGGAAUACGAUUACUUGUUUAAAGUAGUUUUAAUUGGCGACUCGGGAGUUGGCAAAUCGAACUUACUCUCCCGAUUUACUCGUAAUGAGUUCUGUUUGGAAUCCAAAUCCACCAUUGGCGUGGAAUUCGCCACCCGUACUCUUCAGGUUGAGGGAAGGACUGUGAAAGCCCAGAUAUGGGAUACGGCAGGUCAGGAGCGAUACCGGGCUAUAACCAGUGCAUACUACAGGGGUGCCCUCGGAGCUCUUCUUGUUUACGAUGUGACAAAACCAACAACAUUUGAAAAUGUGAGCCGAUGGCUGAAGGAACUCAGGGACCAUGCUGAUGCGAACAUUGUGAUCAUGAUGAUUGGCAACAAGACUGAUCUGAAGCAUCUUCGAGCUGUUGCUACAGAGGAUGCCCAAGGUUAUGCAGAGAAAGAAGGUCUAUCAUUCAUUGAAACCUCUGCCCUUGAAGCAACAAAUGUUGAGAAGGCAUUCCAGACAAUUCUCUCAGAGAUAUAUCGAAUAAUCAGUAAGAAGUCACUCGCUUCAGGUGAGUCAGCACCCACCAGCAUUAAAGAAGGUCAGACUAUCGUAGUAGGAGCAUCCGAAGCCAACACAAAGAAACCUUGUUGCUCUUCAUCCUGAACCUGAAGGUGGUUUGUGAUUACCUCAAUUUCCGCCGAUGUUGUUUUGUCUCUUCAUGUUCAUUUUUCAUCCUCGGAAGGGUUAUUGUUUCAACUUAUAAUAUAUUGAUGUUAGAACUUUUUGUGUCAUUGUUUGUUGUCCGGAUAUUUGAUGAUUUUGUUAUGGCAGUUUGCAUGAGGCAUGUUAUAGCUUUCUGUUGAAUUCAGUGUAUAUUGUAUUAAUAGAAUACAAUUUGAAGGAAAUUGUAGUUCGAUUUGCAUUUAUUUUGGAAUUUUAAUGAUUUUUAGA